CUAAAACUAAAACCAACCUAAUGAGUGAGGGACUGGGAGUUUGUCUUUAUCAGUUUACUGUCAGCAUGCUUUGAAACACUUCGGAAAAUCAUAAUCAAUCACUCCACUUGUCACAAAUUCAUAGUUUCAGUUUCUCUCGAGUCGUGCAUUUUUCACCAAACUCUUUUCCUGGCACUCAAAGUUAACAUCUGUAAGUUUCAGUUUAUUUCUUGGUGUUUGUUUUUGUUUUUGUCCAUAACUUGUGCAAUUACUACUCUUAGAGUUUUCUACAGAAGAUAGGAGGAUUUGUGGCAAUUGAAAGAAUUCUGAAUGAGAAGGAUUUUGUGAUUACUAAACAGAUAAUGGUCAUGGCAAUUGUCAUAUCAGUGAUAUUAUUAUUUGUGGGAAUUGGAGUUUUAGUAAUGGUUCAUGUUUGUAUUGUCGGAAGAGCUUUUAGAAGAGGUUUCGACUCAGAGAAUAACGCAAACGUUAAUCAUCAUCAAAGAGAUGGGAAUAAUAGAAGUAAUAAUAGUAUGUCUCACGAUGAUUUAGAAAAGCUUCCUUGUUAUGAAUUCAAAUCAUUAGAGAAAGAAACAAGUAGUCCUAUUGAUUGUUGUGUUGUUUGUUUGGAAACUUUCAAAAUGGGUGAAAAAUGUAGAUUGCUUCCGCUUUGCAAACAUAGUUUUCAUGCUCAGUGUGUUGAUUCAUGGUUAUUAAAAACACCCAUUUGUCCAAUAUGUCGAACAAGUGCUGGUAAUUCUCAUAGGAGAGAAGAAACCAUUAGUUCUGCCGAAAACGAAGAAAGCAGCAGUUCGGGUGGUGAAGCACUAGCAGCCGAAAACGAAGAAAGUAGCAGUUGGGGUGGUGAAGUACUAGCCAGAAGUCAGAUGGGUUACUCAAAUUCAGCAUAUGCGGUAACAAGUCCAUUCCCUUCCGCCUCUAUUUUAUGAGCUUGUCUUGAAUUGUGCAAGUGUUCUAUGGUUAUUGAACUCCAAAUCUGUUUGCUUUUUUAGUUACAAGAAAAGUGUAUAGAUAGAUGUAAAGGUUUUAACUCUCUUUGUUUGUUCCUUGUGGUUUAUCUA